GGAGAAGCUCUGAUGAUGGAGAAUGGACAAGGCACAGGCUCCAAGCUUGGCCUGCCGCCUCUUACUCCAGAGCAGCAGGAGGCACUUCAGAGGGCAAAGAAGUAUGCCAUGGAACAGAGCAUUAAGAGUGUGUUGGUGAAGCAGACCAUAGCCCAUCAGCAACAGCAGCUCACCAAUCUACAGAUGGCAGCAGUGACAAUGGGCUUUGGAGAUCCUCUCUCACCUUUACAAUCGGUGGCAGCCCAAAGGCAGCGUGCGCUCGCCAUCAUGUGUCGGGUGUAUGUCGGCUCCAUAUACUAUGAGCUUGGUGAGGACACCAUCAGACAGGCGUUUGCCCCCUUCGGUCCAAUCAAGAGCAUUGACAUGUCGUGGGAUUCUGUUACGAUGAAACACAAGGGCUUUGCCUUUGUGGAGUAUGAUGUACCAGAGGCUGCUCAGCUGGCUUUGGAGCAGAUGAACUCAGUCAUGUUGGGAGGGCGAAACAUUAAGGUUGGGCGGCCAAGUAACCUCGGUCAGGCGCAACCCAUCAUUGACCAACUGGCAGAGGAGGCACGCGCUUUUAACCGGAUCUACGUAGCAUCCGUCCCAGAUCUCUCAGAUGACGACAUCAAGAGUGUGUUUGAGGCUUUUGGAAGAAUCAAGUCCUGCACAUUAGCCAGGGAUCACACCUCGGGACGACACAGAGGCUUUGGCUUCAUUGAGUAUGAAAAGCCACAGUCAGCCCUGGAUGCUGUCUCUUCUAUGAACCUCUUUGAUCUAGGGGGUCAGUAUCUACGAGUGGGCAAAGCAGUGACUCCACCCAUGCCCCUGCUGACCCCCAACCCCGGUGGUCUGCCACCAGCAGCGGCAGUUGCCGCAGCGGCAGCCACUGCUAAAAUAACGGCCCAGGCAAGUAUGAAUCCCUUCCAAAGGGAUUUAAUGGCCUUCCAGGAGGCUGUAGCUGGGGCAUCGGUUUUGGGAGCAUUAGCUGCGCCCCAGCUUCUCAGUCAGCAAAUGGGAAUUCCUCAGGCGGUGAUGGCUGCUCAAGCCCCAGGUGUCAUCACAGGUGUGACUCCAGUGCGUCCUUCCAUACCAGUGCUUCCCCAGGUUGGCCUUGUGAACCCCGUUCUUGCGUCACCGCCGGUCCUGUCAAAUCAAGCUGGUGGUGCCAACCAGCAAGAGAAGAAGGAGGAGAAAGAAGAGACACUCCAGGAUGGCACAGGACAGGAGAUGCUGAGUGACCAAGAGCACAUGAGCAUCUCAGGCAGCAGUGCCAGCCAUAUGGUGAUGCAGAAACUGCUUCGGAAGUCUGAGUCCACAGUUAUGGUUCUUCGGAAUAUGGUUGGACCAGAGGACAUAGAUGACGAUCUGGAAGGUGAGGUGACGGAGGAGUGCGGAAAGUUUGGUUCAGUCAACAGAGUCAUCAUAUACCAGGAAAAGCAAGGAGAGGAGGAGGAUGCAGAUAUCAUUGUGAAGAUCUUUGUGGAGUUUUCCUUGGCCUCUGAGAUGAACAAAGCUAUCCAAGCGCUCAAUGACCGCUGGUUCGGAGGUCGCAUUGUAGCAGAGGUGUAUGAUCAAGACCGUUUUAACAGUAGUGACCUUUCUGCAUAAGUGUUUCAUCAGCACCCAUCCCAUAUCUGUUGCAAAACCUCAUUUCAGCUACAGAUGCAGGCCUCUGAAACAUGUAAUUAUGUUCCUUUUUUUAAAAAAAAAAGAAAUUGCUGUUAUACUAAUGUUAAAGUUCCUCAACUGGGGGAUUCAUUAAAAACAUUUGUCAGAUUUUUGCUUUGUGAUCUGUGAAGAUUUUUUUUUUUUUUUUUUGUGCUACUUUUUUUUUUUCUUAUUUAUCUUGUAAAACUUCUUGGGUUUCCAUUAUUUUUUCCCCUUGUUUCCCAUGAAAUUCCCAGGAUAUUUAAACACUUUCUUUCUGCAAUUAAAGGUUAUUGUUUGUCCACAAA